AUGCCGCCGUCCACACUACAAGCAUCAACCAGUGUGUUGAGCACGGGCUCCACCACUAGCAAGGCGGACCUGACUGCCGAGAGGGAGAUCGAGGCUAUCUGGUCGGAAGUCCACAACAAGGUCAUCGAGCUAGCCGGCGGCGAUCCCAAAAAGGUCCAGACAACUCUCGAUAUUGACGCGGUGCUGAGGUAUAUCGAUAAUGUGAGCGAGAAGGACAAGAAGCAGGCAGAGAAGUAUGGCACGUUCAAAAACGCCGUCACAAAGACCCUUCAGUGCAUUAGUACGGUCGGUGGCAUCGUGACGGAUGGCGUCUCCAAUGUGUUUGCCCCAGCGGGGAUGUGCUACAACGCGCUCACCUUUGUCAUACAAGCAUGGCAGGGCUACGAGGGGAUAUUCGAAAACCUCGCGGAGCUCCUCGAGAAAUGCGUCGAGUUCCUGGAGCGUCUAGAGUCCUACAAAGAUCGGAUGGACGCCAGGCUCUCACGCGUUGCCUGCCAGAACCUUCGGCUGUUCGUCCAGAUAUGCGACCGGACAAUCAAGCUGCGCAAGAAGCACUCACGUUUUCUUGCUUUCACCAAACAGCUGUUCCUAAGCGAUGAUGGCAUCCAGGACCUGCUAGGCAUGAUGGAGAAGCUCAACGCCAAGGAGUCACUGCUAGUGAAUGCCCAGACCUACAAGAUCGUAAGCGACAGCGCUGGGGAUAUCAAGUUGAUAUUGGACGCCCAGAAGGAACAGAAGAAGGAAGAUGACGCGAAGAAGUGGCGAAGAGGCAUAGCCAAAGCUCUUGGGUUCCCCGGCACAGCACUUGAUACGGAUGGGGAACCAAUCCCGGUCUGGCAGAGGGCGUUCGAGUCUCGCCUGAACGCGCUAGUCGAAGACACAGGGUUGUGGUGGAGGGAAGACGAGGUUUGCUCUCGGUGGACUAAGGCUAAGGAUCCGGAGAAGACCAUCAUCGUUGUCCGCGGUGAAAGCGGUACCGGAAAGACAUCCAUGAUGGCCAAUACGGUGAAGUCUAUCAGGAGACUGGGUCAAGAGGGACCUACAUCCAGAGUGGUCGCCGCUUAUUACUUUGCCGAGGGCGACAAGAGGAAAGGUGAUGAAGAGGGAGCGAGCGAGGUCAUCGAGACAGUCACAAGAACACUGCUAUGGCAAAUUGCCACAGCUUACGAGGCCAUGACGAAAUCUGUUGCUCACAUUGUUGAGAAGACGCCGUCAUUCGAAGGCGCAAUCGAUCUCUGGCAUCAACUCUUCGUCAACAAUAAGGAGCGGCGGAACCCCGACACCACAUUCUACCUCUUCAUCGAUGGACUCGAUGCUCCUCUUGUCCCCUUACUUCAACGGCUGUGUUCCAUCGCCGAGAACCAGAAGACCCGAAUCUUCCUGACAGCCAGGCCCGAAAUGGUGACGGACUUUCUUGUUCACGAACAGGGCAUCCAGUUCAAUACAGUGCCGAUUUCGGAGCGAAACGGGAACGAUAUUGAGAAGUACAUCCUCGAUCGAAUGAGCCGCAUGCCCAUCCUCAGCAAUGCCAGCCGGCCAGGAAUAGCCGAGUGGCGAGAGAAGAUUCUCCACGACUUGCGGGACAAGUCUGGUGGUGACUAUUUUAAACUGAGCACGAGCUUGAACGCCCUUUCCAAGGUAGACCUGGUUGAAGAUAUCAAUGAGGUAUUGGCGCAAGCUGACAAAUCCCGAAUUGACCAGAUCCAGUCGGAGAUCAAGCGUCUCAACACCUCCCGCACUCCGAAGGAAAUUGAAGAGAUUAACGAGAUCAUUCUGUGGGUCGACAGUGGUCGACGCUGGUUCGACGUAGCGACGAUCGAGGCUUUGCUGUCGGUCAAGCAUCGCGGCGGCUCCGUAAUGGCAAAAGCGGCUUACACCCAGUCCCUGUCUCGGCGGUCGACAAGCACAAUUCUUAGCGAUGCUAUCAAUGACGCUCAGCCGCCAGCUACACUAACCGUUUCGUUGCUUCCUUUUGCGCAGAAGCUCAUCGAUAAGUACGCUAUAUUUACCAUUACUGACACAGGUGUGGUCGACUGGCGGUCCUCGGAGAUUCGAGGACAGAUUCCCAGAAAAGAGCCAGAUCCAUCUGAUGUAUUGAGUAUCGCGUCGUCUCAGGGGAAGCGUGUUAUUCAGGACACAGAGAUUGAUAUCGUCCGUCACUUUAUGCGCAACGUGUGCCCGACAGAGCUCUACGAGCGCUUCGGUUUCGAGCAGUUCUUCAAGACCAAAGCGGGUGUCAAAGAAGGGGGUUCCAUUACUUACGACCCCGACAACGCGCAUAUCAAUAUCGCACUUACUUCGUUGGUGAUCCUGACCGACGAGUCAUUACGGACAAGCAGGAAGAUACGGAACUACGCAAUGUACUACCUCCUGGAACACAUGGAGGUCGUCGACCUAUCUGCAGCCAACCCAGAACUCAAAUCCCAGGUGGGACCACUCCUCGUGAAACUCUUUACAGAAGAGUGCGGAAUCGAAUCUAUGUUUUGGUCCUUCGACCUAAACGUGAGUAUGAAGACCUGGAACCGUCAAGAGUACCUCCAUCUGCGCAGAACUCGCAGUGAGUGGGUUUAUACAACUAUAGGUGUCACGGAGAUGUUGCGCUGGUUCCACGACUCCCAUGUGACGAAGCUCAUCAACACCGAGCCUGGUCUGUCACUAGUGAAAGCUUUGAGGACACCGAAUACGAACCUGCACGGAGCACUUCUUUCGUAUGCGGCAAAACACUUGGCGACUCAUCUCUUCCUUCGCAAGGAGUUUCUGAAGCGACACUUCCUAUCAGCCUGCUGCUUCAUCCGAGGUUAUCUGUCGCGGCUUGACCCUGCCCGGGCUUCCAAGAUGCCUGAUGAUCCAGCAUUGUACAGGGUAGAUCAAGCGACGGACGGGGAGCCAUGGGAGCGUCAAGACUUCCGACUGGAAGAGCUACUAGAGAUCGAAACCUGGGCCUCCCAACUGCUCGAUGAAGUCGACGGCACUCCGGCUCAGAAGUCGCUCUGGGAGACGGUCGGAGCUCUCGUCACGUUCCAGCUGUGCCAUGAAGACAACGUGACGGAGAUCUACCAGCGACGUGCGAGAAAGGCCAUUGAGCUCAACCCACAGAAUCUGCACGCGUGCCACUUCAUCGCGAAGCAAGCGAACACGAGCAACGAUGAAGCCGUUGGGUUACUAUCACGAGCAAGACAGAUUGUCGAUGACAUGCGCAGUGGAGACGAUGAGUGGUUGGGUAAUCAUUUCAACUCCUCGCUCCUGGCGCGCAUCACCAUCGAUUUGGGGGAUCGUCUAUGGGACCUGGGCAAAGACCUCGAGCUCGCUGCGCGUACGCACCGAGAGAGUCUCCAGUACGACUACGUCCACUUCCUAAGUUACGCCGAAGUACUUCGCCGCUACCAAAAGUCACAGCAGUGGGGCGAGUUCAUCGCCUUCGUCGAGGCACUGAACGCGGCCAGCGAGGUCUGGACAGCCUACUUCGAUGAGCUCGUCAACGAGUUUAUAUCGGACCUCGUCGUCAAAGACUCGGACAUGCUCGCGCAAGCCGCUGAUGCGACUGGGAAAUGGGAUGUCAUCGAGUCAUUUUUCACCAUCGCCAUCGACAUCGGCAAGAAGCAAGAGGCGCACGACCUGCUCUUCUUACUCCGAGAUUGCUUUGCAAAAAAUCUGGCAAAAGCAGAAGACAUCGUCCAUCAAGAUAUGGUGGUCGCUGUUCGGGUCGAUGCCCUCACGGGCAUCCGCGCACACCCAAGCGACACUCUAUCCCGGCAUAUGGUCGACACCAUGGCCGACUCCCUAGCAGAGACGUACCUCGACCGGGCCUUCCGGCCGAACCUGCCCUCCGAAAAGAUAGAGUCCUACGGCUCAUCCAUAGCCGCCCUUCUUCCAGACACCAGCGACGUGCUCGACGUAUGGAUGACGACCAUCACGGUGUGCUGCCUGAUCCGGUACCACCACAAGCUGGGCAGCGACUCCAAGCUGGCGCGCGACUGGAUCCAGCGCAUCGUGUGGACCAGCAUUGAACUCCUCUCAGACUCGGACGAGGAGAACGACGACUCGGCGUACUGGCUGCUGGCGCGCCUGCUGACGACGCUCCAGGACGACGAGAACGCGCGCAUCACGUGGGCUAUGCGCAACCUGAUCCAGUAUGAGGCGCAGCAGCGGUGGGAGGACUGGAUUAUGACGCCUGUGAACUCGCCGAUCAACGCGAAGCCUCUAGCGGAGCAGUUGGGGCAGCGAACGACGACCUUCAGCGAUGCCACCCCCUCUCUGGUGCAAAAGGUCUGGCAGAGGCCCCUGCCGCGCACCGACAGCAGCAGUAGCGUGCAGUCCCAAAGCUCCGACAUCAACGGCAACAAGCUUGACGGCAGCCGCGUCCCAACGCCCACCCUAGACACGGGGGCAACGCGACCCCAGCCCGCCAGCGCCAGCGCCUCCGACGCAGACGUAGACGCCGCCACGGACAGCAGUCCCAGCAAGCCCAGCUGGUUCGUCAGCUGCGACGGCUGCGACAAGCAAUGGACCGUCAUGGACGUGCCGCUAUACAGCUGCGCCGACUGCGUCGGCCACGUCCAGCUCGAUAAGGAGUGCCACACGCUGCUCCUACAAGACAAGCUGGGCCGGAAGAAGGGAUUUGCGUGCAGGAGGGACCACGCGUUUGUCGAGAUCCCGCGCUGGGAACCCGGUCGGUUUGCGGGGCUGCCGAAGGGGGCGGUGCCGUUGCCAGAUGGUGUGAAUGGGGAGGGCGGGGAAAGGUGGAUCUCGCUGGAGGAGUGGAAGGGGAGGUUGAGGAGGAAGUAUUUGGAUUCGUGA